GCUGUCCUCUGACUGUUUCUAUUUCAUUUCCCAGCUAAAUUAACCAGCGUACAUCAAUGAGGAGUCCAGGCAUGUCUGUGUUUAAACAACAGAAAGUAGAGGACAUUUAUGAAAUUGGCGAAGAGCUAGGAAGCGGCCAGUUUGCUAUCGUGAAGAAAUGCCGGGAGAAGGUCACGGGGGUGGAAUACGCCGCCAAAUUUAUCAAGAAACGACAGAGCCGUGCUAGCCGCCGUGGAGUCCGGCGAGAGGAGAUCGAAAGGGAGGUCAACAUCUUGCAGCAGAUCCUUCACGCCAAUAUAAUCAAGCUGCAUGAUGUGUAUGAGAACAAGACUGAUGUGGUCCUUAUCCUCGAGCUUGUGUCUGGAGGAGAACUUUUUGAUUUCCUGGCCCAGAAGGAGUCGCUGAGUGAAGAGGAAGCCACACAGUUCAUUAAGCAGAUCCUAGAUGGUGUCAGCUACUUGCACGACAAGAAAAUAGCCCAUUUUGAUUUAAAGCCUGAGAAUAUUAUGCUGCUAGAAAAGAAUAUCCCCAUCCCACACAUAAAACUGAUUGAUUUUGGUCUGGCUCAUGAAAUAGAAGAUGGCGUUGAGUUUAAAAAUAUUUUUGGGACACCAGAAUUUGUGGCACCAGAAAUAGUGAACUACGAGCCUCUUGGGCUGGCUGCAGAUAUGUGGAGUAUAGGAGUUAUCACUUACAUUCUGCUUAGCGGGGCUUCGCCAUUCCUUGGAGAUACCAAACAGGAGACGCUGGCUAACAUCACAGCUGUGAACUAUGAAUUUGACGAAGAAUUCUUCAGCCACACCAGUGACCUCGCCAAAGAUUUCAUUCGGAAGCUUCUGGUAAAAGAUACCCGGAAACGACUCACCAUUCAAGAAGCUCUCACUCACCCCUGGAUCACGACUCACCAGCCCAAGGAAGAAACGAAGGUCCCAGAAAGCAAAAGGGCUGAGAACCAGCAACUGAAGACCAAGCGCCUGAAGGAGUACACCAUCAAGUGCCACUCCAGCAUGCCACCCAACAACACGUACAUCAACUUUGAGCGCUUUGCCUAUGUGGUGGAAGACAUCUCCAGGAUGGAGCAGAACUUCAGUGCUCUGGCUGUGUCCCAUGAUGCUUUGCAGGAGGACAUUGACGCCCUCGUUUCCAUCUACAACGAGAAAGAAGCUUGGUACAAAGAAGAACAUGAAAACGUGAGACAUGAACUUUCCCAGCUGAAGUAUGAGUAUCGCAAGAUUGAAUCUCUGAAGAAGCACUUGCAGGAGGACAUCAGACUUGUGGGCAGCAGCCUCACUGGGGUUGCCAGCAAGUACAUGGACCGGCAGUCACAUUACGAGUCCUUGAGUAAGGAAUUGUCCGAAGAACUCAAGUGGAUUCAGGAAUUUACAGGCAGCUCUCAGCUGGAAGAUGGAAGUGACACCUACAUCACUGGAAAUUUUGGCUCCGUCUUUAACAAAGAUAUAAAUGACUCUCUUAGGGAGCUGCUAAAUAGAUCCUGCUGUGAAGAAUUCCUAGCUGCCUUGAACCCAGGUGUUGCAAAGUCAAGUCAGUAACUCUGUCUAAAAUGGCGUUUCAGAUUUAUCUAUUCAUGCCACCUCAAGAUUCCUGCAUACUAAUGGUGACGCCCCACUUGUUCACUUUAUUUCUGAAAAACAUAAUUGACAGUCACUGUCGCAGUUGGCUUUUUGAACUCUGAAAAUAUAUGUGCCACGACACAGGGCAUAUGAACUCUUGCCAUUGUUUUACCUUUUUAACAGAGAAGCUGU